AUGGGGACAAAGAGGAAACAGGCAGAUUUAGGAGACGAAAGGAACAACAUCUCCCCCUCUCCAAUGUUCAACGAAGAUUCUGCUUGUGCUGAUGAUGCCAUUUUAUCUACUAAUUCCGAGGUCAAUGUUGUGUUUACCUUUCUUGUUUAUGAUUAUCUCAGAGACAAGUAUUUGGCUGUCCAAGAUGGGAAAAUAAGGCGGUUUCAUGCUCCAAAGACAGAGUGGGGAUUUGAAAAGUUGAUUUCUCUCGACAAUUUCAGUAAUCCUUCAAAUGGGUUCUUGGUUGAUGAUUGUUGUGCCUUUGGAGUUGACAUUAUUGUUAUGAAAUGUGAUGGGAAGGGGGAGAGGGCUACCAUUGGAGGAUGGCUGUAUCCUAAAGGAUGCCCAAAGGCGACGACUGACUUUUUGUCAUUGUACUUGGGGUUAGAUAGUUUAAAAGAUCUUCCCAAAGGUUCCCAAGUGUACAUUGAAUGGGAGAUGAGCGUAUUGAGUCAAUUUGGAGUUGGGCACAACAAAAAAACUGCACAUAACCGUUGGCUUAGUAGUGGAGGAGAGUACGAAGACAGUUGGGGCGUUCCACGUUUCAUGUCAUUGAGCGAUCUCAUGGAACCGACAAAAGGCUUUAUUUAUAAUGAUACUUUGAUUGUUGAAGCGAAGAUCAAUGUUGUCUCUACCUUGAAAGAGUUUUGA